AUGAAAAUUGAUUUACUUACGAGGAUAGCCGCCUUAUUUUGCUUGUUAUCGAUCGGUUCAUGCCUUUCACUCUCCGAUAUCCUUCAGAAAAAUAUCCUUGGAAACAAGAACAAGCAAAUUGUCAGGGCCAACCCUGUAGAUAUGGAAAAGAGAGCAUCUGAUGAUUCCACAUUUUUAUUUUCCACAACACAAGGCAGAGACACUUUCCUGUCAUUCGAUGAUAACUCAGGUGGGUCCCAGAGUCCAAACUUUUCCACCACAUCAGUUGAAUCCAGCUCAAGCUUUAUUUUCAGCACUCCAAGUUCAAGUUCUAGUUCUAGCUCUAGCCCAAGUUCAAGUUCUAGUUCCAGCUCAAGCUCUAGAUCUACUUCAAGUUCAUCCUUUAUUUUUACCCCAAGCUCACUGUCAGCCACUACUUUACUGACUUCACUGACCUCAUCCCUGCCAAGUUUUUCCUUUGAUCCAACCACCUCCCUGUCGUCAUCUUUCUUCACUAAUAAUGAGUCUUCAUCAACUACUGAUGAUUCUUCAUCUUCCAAUACCCCAACUGAAACUUCCGAUGCACCACAAAGUACCAGCGAACAAGAGACUCAACAAUCUUCUAGUCAAGAACAAAUUACAUCCACCACUGGAACUACCUCUGGUACCCCAACUACUAAUGAAGGUUCUUCCAAAAUCACUACUACAUUCCAAUCGGUUGAUAAUGGUAGUACUGUAAUUGUUACCCUUACAUCUAUGGUCACGAACGCUUCAUCUCCAACUGCCGCCACCGACAAUAACAAGUCUAGCAACUCUAGUGGGUUGUCUCAAUCCAAUAAAAUUGUGGUUGGUGUCGUUGUUGGUGUUGGUGGUGCUAUUUUGAUGGCUAUCAUUGCCGUUCUUUUCUACUACAAGAGAAGAUCCAACAAGGACUACGACAACAGUGGUUGGACUUUCUGGAGAAAGAACGAAAAGGGUGGCACUGAUGACUAUUUGAGCGGAGAAUUAGGGGUUAGAGAUAGAAACAUUAAUCAAGGUUCAAACUUUUAA